CAAAGACUAAAGCUAUAUAUACAACCAUCAUGAAGAACUCUCUUUUACUCUCCAUUAUCUUCCUCUUCACCCUUGCCGCCAACUCAACUCCGCCGUCGUCCGCCGCCGCCCGCGCCGCCCCCACGAAAGACCAGACCGACUUCGUCGCCACCUUGUGCAACACUACCACGGUACUCUACCGGAAGCUAUGCCGCGAGUCGCUCUCCCCAUACGCCGCCGUCGUGGACAAGAACACCACGGUGCUGGCCCACGUUGCCGUCGUGAUCAGCCUGAAGAAAGCCAACGCCGUCGCCGCUUACGUCGAAAACGUCACGACGUCCACGGCGUUGAAGGAGUGCUCCGGCCACCUGCGGGACGCCCUGCACGAGAUGCGGAGGUCGCUCCGGCAGAUGAAGCGGCUGGCCGGCGGCGGCGGAGCGGCGGAGAGGAAGAAGAAGAUGGCGACGCGGGAGCUGGUGAGCGACGUGCAGACGUGGAUGAGCGCCGCCGAGACGGAUCAGGACAACUGUCUCGAUGGGGCCCGCGUCAACGCUGACGUGCAAGGUCAAGUUGUGGCUCUCAAGAUGUUGACCAGUAAUGCGCUUGCAAUGGUCAACGCAUUUGCGGGCAAGGUCGCCGGCCCAUGAUCACUGAGUCACUGACUGGUCCGCGUCUCAGCUGAUCCGUUAGAAUGCUCUUUCCAAAUACGAAGUAUCAAUAAUUUUCUUUUUUUUGGCGGUACCAAAUAUCAAUAAUGCUAGCUACCUAUAGAUACAAAUAAUGAUAAUAAUGGUACUUCUACAGU